AUGGCCGUGCCGGAAACGCCGCCCCUUUGGAGGCCUCGCUGGCCGGCCGGCCGGCCGAGUCCCGAACAUAAGAAAGCCGUCUCUGCCUUCUGGUGGGAGAACAAAGCAGACCCCAAGCUGAAGCCCAAAUUCCUGAUCUCUUGGGAGGACUAUGAGCGCUUCAAGGCGUCUUUGUCUGACGCUCUGGACACCUACGAGGCCAAAGAAGAUGAAGUUAUUCAGGAGAUGGCAGCUCAUAUCCGAGAGGUAGAACAGAGGCGGCAAGAAAUGGUGCAGGCCAUCUUAGAGCCACAGACAGAGACAGAGCUGUGUGACGGAUCUGCUGCCACCAAUGCAUUUGCAGAGAGCCUAAGUGACUCUGCUUUUGCCACGGAAGAAGAAGAGCAGCCUGGCCCAAGUAGCAGCAGCAUCAUCGGGUUUCUCAGAGAGCCGCUUAGAGGUCCCCAUGGAACACUGCCUGGGCCUGACUGGCUGGAAUCAGGACAGUCCCUAACUUUUAUUGGCCGUCAGGCAGGGGAAGGCAACAUUCACACAGGGGCCAAACCACCUUGGCUGAUGGACGAGGAGGUAAACCAAGGGCAGAUUGGACCGUCCUAUGAAGAGUUUCUGAAGGAAAAAGAGAAAGAAAAAUUGAAGAAGCUCCCACCCCAACGUGUUGGGGCCAACUUUGACCAUACUUCCCAGACAGGAGAUGGGUGGCUUCCCUCCUUUGGGCGGGUCUGGAACCACGGCAGGAGAUGGCAGUCCAGGUUUCAAUUCAAAGCUGAAGGAGGAGAUAAGCUGUCCAGGACUAAAAAGAAGAGACCAAAAAUGAACUGAAAGAAGAUGAAGAACAGUUGCCUUUAAGAAUUCCUGGUCUGCUUGACUCAGUGGUGGACGUGGCUCCAUAUGUCUUAUGUAUGACAGACUAUAUGUAUUUCUACAGACAUGCAAAUACAUCGUUACAAAGUGUUUUUAUAGUGGUCCUUUUUCUUGUGAGCAGGUAGCAUGUACUUGUUCUGGAAGAAGCUUGUUAGUAAUGUGUACCUUUUGUAUUAAAAUUACACUCAAAGCA